AACAAUUGCAGUGUUUUGUUCUACGAAUAGAAUUUCGUAUUAUUGCUGUUAACGCAAAUACAAACACUGCACCUAUAUGGAAAUCACAAUCGACUACACAACUGUUAUACGAUUCUAAUUGCAAUUAUAUUCAGUAUAUCGUAUAUACUGUUUCUAUUAUUUAAUAGAAAUAGUUGUGUGAUAUGCAUUAAAUGCUGAGUCGUAAGCGAACAUGAUUGGAUUGAUUUAUUGGUUAUGAUCCAGCAUUCCAGCAAACUUGAAACUGAUCUCAGUUCAGUUCUAAGUGACAGUUCAACUAGAUGUAUAUAUGAACGGAUGUAUUUACAUACGGAAAUAAUAAAUUCAUAAAAUUUCUAGAGAUUAUCUCGCUUGGAAUUUUGUUCACCGAUAUAACGACAAGAAAUGUUUUCAUCAAAGCUACCACUUCUUCUCAGAAAUAUUACUUUUGCUGCCGUACAACAUGAAUCAGGAUGUUCUGGUGUCCUCAUGCGUAAACAUCUACGAAACGAUGUACCCUCCAUGAAACUUUUUAUGUCAACACAGCAACAAAAUGAGCAGCGACAAGAUACAAUAAAAGAACAGGUCUCGCUCUCGAUAAACACGGAUACGCCAGAUAAGUUGUAUAAAAAAGUUGAAAUUGAAGUCAGGGGGAAUGAUCCAGCGGUAUUAAAGAGCUAUGGACAAUUUGCAACGAUGGCCGCAGAUCAUUUGAAGAUCCACAUAGGUAGAAAUACAGCACCAUAUAAAGCGAUUCAUGAACGAUGGACAGUGUUAAAAUCUGCUCAUGUUCAUAAAAAACAUCGGGUUCAAUAUGAAAUUAGAACUUAUUAUCGCUAUCUAGACUUUUUAAAAUUGACUGGAUCCACAGCAGAUACUUUUCUAGAAUAUCUUCAAAGAAAUUUGCCAGAAGGAGUGGCGAUGAAAGUGACCAAGGUUGAGAUGGAGAAGUUGCCCGAGAGUAUAACUGCAAUGGGUAAUACAUAACAUAAUAAUGUGUAAUUAUAAAUAAUUGUUUAUAUGAUCCAGGUUGUAGAUAGCUUACUGAUAUAAACUACAAAAAAAUACA